AAGUUUAUUGAAUCUUCAGUAGGUACUUUAAUUCGUAAAGUGCUUUGUUUUCAUUUUUUUUUUAUUAUUCUAUUAUUAAUCGAUUUUGUAUUGCGGUACAUCAAAUAAUAUAGAAAUAUGAGUCGUCGUAAACGUGUAAAGGUCGAAAAUCGCGAUUUAGAUGAGAAGUUGAAGCAAGAUGACUCUGAAUCUGAUCAGUCCGAAAAGAGUAAAGUUACUUCGUCAAGUCCAUCUUUACUCGGCGGCCGACGAGAGUCCUCUUCGAGCCAUACAACUGACAUUAAAGAUUUGAAGAAAGAAGAAAAACCGGCAUCUGACGACACAAAGACCGAUGAUAUUGAAGAGAUUAAUUACAAGGAGAUGUUAAAUAGUUUGGAAGGAGCCGCUUUUCAGUCACGAUUGCCAUUUGAUAAAAUGUCUUCACUAGAGGCAGAAUGUUUCUCAGAUCUUCAAGGAGCUUCCAGUCAUGCUUUUAUUCAAAUAAGAAACCGUAUACUAAAAUUGUGGUUUGAAAAUCCAAAGAAACAACUUACCCCAGAAUAUUCUAUACAGAAAAUGGAGCCUCCAUACAAUGGUGACCCCGCUUUGGUUAUGAGAUGUCAUACAUUCUUAGAGAGACAUGGCUUUAUUAACUAUGGCAUAUAUGAGCGUAUCACACCUAUACCAAAUCCACCUAAAGGGAAACAGAGACCAAAAGUGAUUAUCAUUGGAGCAGGAGUGUCGGGCUUGGCUGCUGGUCGUCAAUUAACAUCAUUUGGAUGUGAGGUUGUCAUAUUGGAGGGUAGAGAUAGAGUCGGUGGAAGAGUUGUCACAUAUCGAAAGGGGCCUUAUGUUGCUGAUUUAGGAGCUAUGGUGGUAACAGGGUUAGGAGGCAACCCAGUAACCACAUUAUCAGUUCAGAUGAAUAUGGAAUUGCAUAAGAUCAAACAGAAGUGUCCACUGUAUGAAGCCACUGGCAAUCAAGUACCUAAACAUAAAGACGAAAUGGUGGAACGUGAGUUCAACCGUCUUCUCGAUGCUACUUCUUAUUUAUCUCACCAAGUUGACUUCAAUUAUUAUAAUGAUACUCCGGUCUCACUUGGUCAGGCAUUAGAGUGGGUAAUCAAACUCCAACAGAAGAAUGUCAAACACAAACAGAUACAACAUUUGAAAGCUGUGAUAACUUUACAAGAAAAAUUUAAAACUAAUUUAAAUAAGAUGACUGACAUACAAGAGUUAUUGAAAUCAAUGAAAGUUGAGAAAGAUGCGCUCCUAGUUGAGAGGGAGAGGGGUGCGACGGGUGAAGCGAGUAUCUUGCAAGAGUUUAAUUUACGUCGCCUUAACAGAGAGAUGAACCAGUUAUGCAAUGAGUAUGAUUCAUUAGUUACCCAAAAUGCCAAUAUUGAGGAGAAAUUGACACAACUGGAAUCCAAUCCGCCAAGUUCCGUAUACUUAUCGGUUCGUGAUAGACAAAUUCUUGACUGGCAUUUCGCCAAUUUGGAGUUCGCCAACGCUACGCCACUUGGUAACCUUUCUCUAAAGCACUGGGACCAGGACGAUGACUUCGAGUUUACUGGGAACCAUUUAACAGUACGGAAUGGCUACUCAUGUGUGCCUGUAGCCCUCUCGGAGGGUCUGGAUAUUAGAUUGGGAACAGCUGUCACGGAUAUACAGUACGGUGGGCCGGGAGUUACAGUUAAAGCUGUCAAUCCUCGAGCACCAAAUCAGCCUCAGACUUUCAAAGGUGACGUAGUUUUGUGCACUCUACCUUUAGGCGUGCUGAAGGUGGCAGUAGCGAAUAAUGGUCAGAACCAGCAAAACUUUGUCAAGUUUGAUCCACCGUUGCCUGAUUGGAAAGUGGCGGCUAUCAAACGUUUGGGGUACGGAAAUUUAAAUAAAGUGGUUCUAUGCUUCGAGCGCACAUUCUGGGAUCCUAGCGCUAAUCUCUUCGGGCAUGUCGGUACUACUACAGCUAGUAGAGGUGAGCUGUUCCUCUUCUGGACCAUGUAUAGUGCGCCUGUACUUUUAACACUGGUGGCUGGCGAGGCAGCAGCCGUAAUGGAGAACGUCACUGAUGACGUAAUCGUCGGUAGAUGUAUCGCUGUGCUCAAGAGCAUCUUCGGCCACGCCGCUGUCCCUCAACCCAAAGAGUGUGUGGUAACUAGAUGGCGUGCAGACCCUUUUGCUCGCGGUUCAUAUAGUUUUGUCGCCGUGGGAUCAUCUGGAACGGACUACGAUCUAUUGGCUGCCCCGAUUCCUGGUGCCCCUGGGGAGAAUAGGCUUUUCUUUGCUGGUGAACACACAAUGCGAAACUAUCCAGCUACUGUCCACGGGGCAUUUCUCUCCGGUUUGAGAGAAGCGGGACGUCUUGCAGAUCUACUGUUGCCUCAACCACUGAUAACAAAUGCCAGUGUCGCAGCGGCAAUGGCUGCAGCAAACCACUCUUAAAAUUCCUUAAACAUUAUAGCAUGAUGUCAUUCACUAAAACUAUAAAAAUUAUUAAUUCUAUUUAUGUCGAAUACAGCCAUAUUACCUGAGAUAUCCAUUAGCGACAGUUGUUGUCUGCAUAAUUACUUUGCGGAUAAAAAAAAAAUGUUCAAGAGAUGAUUAUAAAAUUCCCUUCAAAAAUCAGUUAACUGUCACUCACACCGUAUUUUAACGGGCGGCAUACCUAAGUAUAAAUGAUUAUGUUUUGUAAGAAAAUUAUAAAUUCCAUGUAACGAAACUCUCAAAUGUGAAAUUGUGUUACACGAUUUCAAAUGACAAAAUUUUCUUAUAUAUCAAUUGUAUAAUUAUUGAGACAAAUCACAUAUUUUAAAUGAAUAAGCUUGAAUAGUCGUUCAAGCGUGUAAAAUUUGCUAAAUUUUUUCAGACAUUUAUAAACAUUAACAAGGCAGUUUCCUUAUAUAAAAUGUUUUCUGUAUUUUAAUGCAUUAAAAGUUCGCUAUUUGGAUGAUGGAUUCAUGAACGGUAUAAGGGGUGCCAAAAAUUAAGUGUAUUCAUUUUGUCUAUUGUUAUGCUUGAUUUAUAGUGAUAGAUUUGCAAUGUCACUUUGAGGAAUUAUAUGAGAUGGAUAUGAUAUAUAUUUAAUAUAAUUGUAUUUACUGAAUUUACUGAAUGAAUUAGUCCAUUUAAAAUUAGUUAAAAUAAAAAUUGCCUUUAUCAAAAAGAUUGAUAAAUGUUGAGAAAGUCAAAGAUGUUUGUUCUAUUAUUACCAUUUACUCCGAUGAAAUAAACGCUAUUAUUGGUACUUAUACGUUAGGGCUUUUAUAAUUUAUUGAAGAACUGCAUAGUUUCACGAUUUGACCGUCACGAUAUAAUAAGAGUGCAAAAUAUAUGUAACCGUAUAGAAUCGUUUUUAAUUUUCCGCGACAAUAUCGUAAAUGUGUACGGUAAUAAGCGUCUGUGUAGUCGUGAUUGAAUAAGUAUAUUUUGCUAUUAUAUAUAUUGUGACGUGAUAAAAUUGUACGAUAUCGUAUCGUGCUAGUAAAUUAUAAAAGCGCCCAUUAAAAAAAGAUUGAAAUAUAUAUUUCAAAAUUUUAUUCCAGUAACCAAUUACUGUUAUAGUGGUACCAGACAUCAGAAUAGAAUCUAAAACACCACAUGUGAGUGGUUUCUUUGUAAUUAAUAUAUUAGUAUGUAAUUGGACGUACUUCUAGCAAUAAAAUUAAGGUCUGGAAUUUCAAGUAAUUACAGACUUAAAUGUAUUUUUAGGAGUUAUUCAAAUAAAAGGGUAAGAAGUAAGAUAAUAAGUGCUUUGUAUUACCCUUUCCACACUAUGCUGCUUAAGAAAUAAGUGUUACGAAAUGUAUAUUUGCUUUUAAAUGCGAUAGUUAAUAUGUGACUAGUUCGUGAAUUAUAUUAAAGUCACGAACACUCGUAAACAUAUGUUUGAAAAUAAAAUACUUUUACUUUGUAAUUUAGAUAUUAUAAGUUAAUGGACUACAAAAAGUAUCUAAUAUAACCUAGGAAUAUAACCCAUAGAAAAACUACAAAGAGACUGCCCUUAGCAUUUGAGAAUAUUUUAACUGGUACUGUUUAAGUAAUAUAUGUCCAGUCACAAGAUAAUAGCAAUUUACAUGUAUACUAAUAUUAUAAAGAGGUAAAAUUGUGAGUUUGGAUGAUUGGGGUAAUCUCCGAUACUACAGAUCCGAUUUUGAAAAUUCUUUCACUGUAUAUUAUCCCUGAAUAGUGUAGGCUACUUUUUAUUUUGGUAAGUAUAUAUUUUUAGUAAUUAAUCACAAUAAACGUAAUCGAAGUCAGCAAAAAUUCUAUAAUAUAGCGCGCACUGCCUAAACUGGGUUUGAAAUAAGGAAUAAAUUUUUGCUCUACAAAGAUGUCCAUUACUUUUAAUUUUACAAAAAAGUUCAUAAUGCCAUAUAUCUAAGUUUAGUAUCUCAGCGAAAAAGAUGGUUUUUUUUUAUGUUAAAAGUAAAAUAAAUUUUAUAAGUCGUUUAUUUGAAAAUCUUAGAGAAUAUUAGUGCAGUACUUUCACACACGCCAAAAUAACAGCCUUACUAAAAUGUGUUAAACAGUUUAAAUGUUACAUAAACAAAUAUUAAUAUUGCACUCGUGCGAAGCCGGAGUGAGUUGCUAGUAGCAACAAAAUUUUUAGCCCUAAUUUGUUGUUUCUUAUAAAGUCCACAAUAAAAAAAAAAGAUCAAUAUAAAUUGCGGAAAACGCUACAAAGUUCCAUUACAAAGGUGCAUUUGAUAACCCGUAAAUUCCAUAUUUAUCAAAUUUUAUUAUUCUAUCAGUAAUUUCUCCUUAUAAUAUAAUACAGAAAAUGUUAAAUAUCAUUGCAUACAUAUUGUCUAAAGGAGAGAGAUUAAUACUUAAAAGGGCUAUAUAAGUAUUAUCGAGCGAGUAUUAUCGAUUAAGUAUCUAUCUAUCUAUCUACUUUCCAAAAGGUGGAUCAUCACCAUACAUUUCCAUCAUCACUUCUGCAGUAACAUUGUCUCCCCGAAUACAAGUAAUAAGGAAUUAAAAAAAAUAUAUAUGUUUAGUAUAAAAUAAAUCGGCAUAGAUAUGCUCUAGAAUAAGAACUAAUUGAUUUUGACUCCAUUGUUUUAUUUUUAUAACCAAUACUGUGUGGAAAAUAAAGUGAAUUUGAAAAAGUA